AUGGUAUCGACUCACAAUAGAGAUAAACCUUGGGAUACAGAAGAGAUUAAUAAAUGGAAAAUAGAAGAAUUUAAACCUGAAGAUAACGCAUCUGGUUUACCCUUUGCUGAAGAGUCAAGUUUCAUGACACUUUUCCCCAAAUAUAGAGAAACAUAUUUAAAAUCUGUUUGGAAUGAUGUUACUAGAGCUUUAAAUACACAUAAUUUAGCAUGUGUCUUGGAUUUAGUUGAAGGCUCCAUGACUGUAAAGACAACAAGAAAGACUUAUGAUCCAGCUAUCAUCUUGAAAGCUCGUGAUUUAAUUAAACUUCUGGCAAGAUCUGUCCCAUUCCCACAAGCUGUCAAAAUUUUGGAAGAUGAUAUGGCUUGUGAUGUUAUUAAGAUUGGUAAUUUCGUCACAAAUAAGGAAAGAUUCGUGAAAAGAAGACAACGUUUAGUUGGACCAAAUGGUAACACUUUAAAGGCUUUGGAGUUAUUGACUAAAUGUUAUAUAUUGGUUCAAGGUAAUACUGUCAGUGUAAUGGGACCAUUUAAAGGUUUAAAAGAAGUUCGUCGUGUUGUAGAAGAUUGUAUGAAAAAUAUUCAUCCAAUUUAUCAUAUUAAAGAGUUAAUGAUCAAGAGAGAAUUGGCUAAGAAACCAGAAUUGGCAAAUGAAGAUUGGUCUAGAUUCUUACCCAUGUUUAAAAAGAGAAAUGUUGCUCGUAAGAAGCCAAAGAAAGUUAAAAAGGAAAAGAAAAUUUAUACUCCAUUCCCACCUGCUCAAUUACCUAGAAAGGUUGAUUUGGAAAUUGAAAGUGGUGAAUAUUUCUUGAGUAAAAGAGAAAAGGAAAUGAAGAAAUUAAAUGAACGUAGGGAACAACAAGCUGAAAAGCAAGUUGAAAAGGAAACAGAAAGAAAUAAAGAUUACGUUGCUCCAUCAGAACCAACAUAUAAAAGUUCAAACAAAUCCAAGUAA